GAGGAGGUGGAGCUCGUCCCUCCGUGAUAAGCUGCAGCUGCGCUCGGCGGCCAACCUGUAGGAGCCCCGACCCCGUCGCGCUGGCCAUGUGGCUGCGGUUCGCCCCGCUGCGCCUGCCGCUCCGGCGGCGCCUCCAAACGGCCGCCGUCCUCCAGUGGGUCUUCUCCUUCCUGGCGCUGGCCCAGUGCUGCCUGGGGCUUUACCUAGUGCUGCUGCUCGGGGACGGCUGGCUGCUGGCGCUCGGCUACGCGGCCUGGCUCUACCUGGACUGGGAGACGCCGUCUCGCGGGGGGCGCCGCUCCGCCUGGGUCCGCGGCUGGGCCGUCUGGCGAUACUUCCGGGACUAUUUCCCCAUCACGCUGGUGAAGACGGCAAAGCUGGACCCCUCCCACAAUUAUCUCUUCGGCUUCCACCCCCACGGGAUCCGGGUGGCCGGCGCCUUUGGGAACUUCUGCACUGAAGCCACGGGGUUCUCCCAACUCUUCCCGGGGCUCACCCCCCACCUCUUGAUGCUGCCCUUCUGGUUCAAGGUCCCCUUCUUCCGUGACUACAUCAUGAGCGGGGGACUGGUCUCUUCAGAAAAGGCCAGCGUUUCCUACCUCCUUGGUCAUGAAGGGGGCGGGCAGGUGGCUGUCAUCGCCGUGGGGGGCCCACCUGAGUCGCUGGACGCUCGCCCGGGGGCUCUGACCCUUCAGCUACGCAGCCGCAAAGGCUUCAUCAAGAUGGCCCUACGACACGGAGCAGCGUUGGUGCCAGUCUUCUCCUUCGGGGAGAACGAGCUCUUCAAUCAAGUGUCCAACCCGCGAGGCUCCGUCAUCCGCAGGCUGCAGGAAGGGCUGCAGAAGGCCAUGGGGCUGGCCCUGCCCCUCUUCCACGCUCGGGGCGUUUUCCAAUACAGCUUUGGCCUGCUGCCCUUCCGGAGACCCAUCUACACAAUCGUCAGAGCUCCGAUUAUGGUGCCCAAGACGCCCCACCCGUCCGGAGAAGCCAUUGAUGAGCUGCACGAGACGUACCUGGAGAAGCUGACUCAGCUCUUUGAGGAGCACAAGGCCAAGUACGGGCUGCCCCAAGACAAGCACCUGACGAUCACCUAGCCGGCCACACAGGGCCGGCCUGGGACACGGAGGGCCAACACGUGGGCAAAAGGACUGCGUGGCUGCAGGAGGAGCUGGCUUUCACCAAAGAUGCUCUGGAGGUGUUGGGUUAAAGCUUCCCUCGUUGCCAGGCAGCAUCAGGGUGGUGCCCGAGGACGGCUGGGAGCGGAGCUCUUAACCCUACAGAAUUGGCAUCGAAGGGCGCUGAUGCCAAAGCACAGAUGGCAGGCACAAGGCCCGCCUUAAAACCAGCUUUGUUCUCAGGACUACUGUGGGAGGAGGGUAAACUCCUGGGCUGCUGCUGCACAAACGGUCCUGUGUGCCAUCUACUCGACGAUGGCACUUCUUUUGGAAGAAAUAAAGUGGAGCACUCAA